AUGGCGUCAGGAAAAGACACCUGUCCGACUUUACCGAAACUCGCCAAGAGUUGCCCGGAGGAGAGUUCAUAUAAGGCGCCUUACAAGUAUACUGAUGUCCAUUUGCCACGGUUUUCAUUAAAACAAGGAAUGAUUCCAAAACGUUAUGUUAUGCCUUGGAAGGAAAGCAUGCAGUUCAGGAAAAUAAAUAUCAAGCACGCAGAAGCAUGUGGGAUCGACAUUGGCCCCUUAGAAGACUCUCUGUUUCUGAAUCACAGCGAAAGGCUCUGCCAUGGGGAAGAUCGGAAGGUUGUCCUGGGGAAAGGCCCACCAGAAAUCAAAAUCGCAGACAUGCCUUUGCAUUCGCCUCUCUCCAGAUACCAAAGCACUGUAAUUUCCCAUGGCUUCAGACGACGACUGAUCUGA